AUGGAUUUCGAGACGCGUUAUUGUACGGUCAAAGGAUUUCUGCUGUCCAAUCGUGCUGCGGACCUCAACCCUACCAUGCUGAACAGCACUAUGGCGGCACCUGCUCAUGCGUCGUCCGUUCCAUCUACGAUUACCCAAGAUCAAUCUUCCCAACGGUAUGACAGCAAGCGAUUCCUGAAGCGUCAGCUCUUCCUAGCACUGUACGACCUCCCACCGGUCAAGCGAGAAAACCCUCCAGAAAUCCAAGGAUUGGCUGACGAUUUCCAUCGGCAUGUGCGGGCUUUGGCAAAGUUAGGCGAGUCAGUCUAUUAUUGGGACACCCCGUUGGUCAACCUCCUUUCCUACAAGUUGGAUCCAACUACGCUACGUGCUUGGGAGGAGAAAACUAGCAAUAACGACGAUGUUACCUAUGAUAUGCUGAUCGAGUUCCUCUACCAACGUGCCCGAAUGCUGACAUCUGUCGUAACUGACCUGCAAUAUCGGUCCCAACAACCGGUUACAGCCAAGGUGGCCGGUCCGAUUCCAACCCCAAAGCCGUUCAAGGUGACGUACAAGGCAGCUACCGUUGAACCGAACUACAUUGCUCCCUCGUGCCUCGCUUGUCCAGACAAGCAUUUCCUCUUCCAAUGCCCUGCAUUUUCCGAAGUGUCCGUCCGUCAGCGCCGUGAGCUGGUUUCCCAAAAGCGCUUAUGCUGGAAUUGUUUCCGUACUGGACACCAAGCCGAGAAUUGUACCUCCAAGUUCCCUUGCCGUUACUGUCACGAAAAACACCACUCCCUGCUGCACGAGUCAGAACCGCCGAAGAUGCUAUCGUCUCGUAUUAUCGAGGAAAGUCAGCCGAUUCCCUCGACGUCCACCAUCGCUGACCCUUCCACUUCGGUGAAGCCAAACAGCCAAGUAAGCCUAUCGGUUCAGGCUGAGCACAGUACAGUUUUACUGGAAACUGUUUCCCUCUUCGUCGUAGAUCAGAAUGGCAAGAAGAUUCCCGCACGCGCACUUCUAGAUUCCGGAUCCAUGUGCAACUUCAUCACCAAGAAGCUUGCAAAUUCCCUGAACCUUCAUCGCACCAAGGUGGAUAUCGCAGUAGCUGGUAUAGGUGAAGCCACCAAGCAGAUUAAGUGCCAAUUGACUGCUAUGAUCCAGUCGAAGUCGACACCGUACUCUACCAAACUUGAGUUCCUGAUCCUCAAGAGACCGACGUUGUCGGUGGCGUACCACGAGCUGCAUCCUGGCAGCAAGCGUUCCCUGGGAGAGGGAUUACCACUGCUAAUAGAGACGGUGUUCGGAUGGACUGUUUCCGGGAAGAUAUCCAUCAAUCAUCCCACCAUUCCCCGCGUCUGCCAUCUAACCACUGUCGAUCGCAGCUUAGAACAAGCGUUGCAGAAGUUCUGGGAACUAGAAGCUGUUGAGCCGUGUUCUGUGUAUUCCGUAGAAGAAAAACAGUGUGAAGAACUUUACGCUACUAUCACCACUCGCGAUUCGUCCGGUCGUUAUCUCGUUCGUUUGCCACUCACCCGUGAUCCGCUAGUCAACCUCGGCGAAUCCAGAGCCAUCGCCGAACGUCGUUUUCUGAGUCUUGAGAAGCGACUAGAGCGUGAUCCACCCACCAAGGAUGCAUACUGCAAGUUCAUGGACGAAUACGCACGAAUGGCGCACAUGAAGAAGCUCGUCGAUCCAGUAGACGAUGCGAACUCGCACUGCUACCUCCCGCACCAUCCUGUGUUCAAGGAAUUCAGCACAACCACGAAGGUCCGAGUUGUUUUCGACGCAUCGUACAAAACAUCGUCAGGAUUUUCCGUCAACAAUAAGCAGCUCAUUGGACCUGUCGUCCAGGAAGACCUAUUGUCUAUCGUCAUGAGGUUCCGCACACACCCGAUUGCCAUUGUAGCCGACAUCGAGAAGAUGUACCGACAGAUUCAGCUGCAUCCCGAAGACCGACCGCUUCAACGCAUUCUCUGGCAUUCCAACCGCGACGAUCCGCUCAUAGCGUACGAGCUCCAAACCGUUACGUACGGUUUUGCAUCCGCACCAUUCCUAGCAACUCGCACCCUCCUACAAGUUGCACAGGACGAAGGCGACAAGUACCCCGCUUCCGCAGAUGCUGUGAAACAGGAUUUUUACGUCGAUGACUUUUUAUCGGGAGCUGACGAUGUCCAAUCCGCAAUCCGCCUUCGCCAAGAAGUUUCCGCCAUGCUUACGUCAGCUGGCCUUCCAUUAAAGAAGUGGGCAUCCAAUUCCUCCGAAGUCCUUGCGCAAGUCCCGCAAGAAGAUCUCGCUCUACCGCCACUGCAUGAUCUUCAGGACGAACAAUCCGUAUCCACCCUAGGACUCGUGUGGGAGCCUAAGUCUGACACGAUGCGCUUCAAGGUCCAGUUGCCUCUACCAGCACCCGUUCUGACCAAAAGGAAGGUCAUAUCCUACAUUGCGCAGAUCUUCGACCCACUAGGACUAGUUGGCCCGACAAUCACCGUAGCGAAACUGUUCAUGCAGCGUCUGUGGGCAUUGAAGACCGACGCAGGAGAUUCCUACGAGUGGGAUCGUCCGCUACCUCCGCAUCUCCAAGGCGAAUGGAAGGAGUUCCAUGGUACGCUAGACGCAAUCUCCACAAUCCGCAUUCCCAGAUUCGUGUCGCAGGUCAAGACCGAAACCAUCCAGCUCCACUUUUUCUCCGAUGCUUCAGAGAAGGCAUAUGGCCCAUGCUGCUACGUCCGGUCUGAAUCCGCUGCAGGAAUUCGUGUUCAGCUGCUAACGUCAAAAUCCAAGGUCGCACCGUUAGCCACCUACCAAUCGAUUGCGCGCCUAGAGUUAUGUGCCGCCGUGUUGUCGGCUAGUCUAUAUGAGAAGGUGAUGAAGUCCCUUGAGACAGCGUGCGAAGUGUUCUUCUGGGUUGAUUCGACGAUAGUCCUCUACUGGCUCAAAUCGUGCCCAUCGCGCUGGAAAACGUUCGUGGCAAACCGUGUGUCCACAAUUCAAUCCACUACCGGAUCUUGCUCCUGGCAGCACGUCCCCGGAGAAUCCAACCCUGCAGACCUUAUAUCCCGAGGUGUCAAUCCGGCCGAUAUCGUGAACCUCGAGUUUUGGUGGAUAGAACCGCAAUGGCUAUCGGUUUCAUCACACCACUGGCCACGCACUGUGCUACCAGCGUGCGAUUUGUCCACAAUGCCAGAGAGCAAAGGCAACGUCGCCAUGAUGUCGGUAGCGGUUGCCGAACCAUCUUUCUCGGCUCGACUUUUCAGUCGCUACUCCAGCUUUACGAAGCUACGACGUUGCAUCGCGUAUUGGAUGCGAUAUUUCCGCACUCUACGAGCUGCCGCCCAGAAGACCAAACCAGAGCCGUUUGAGUCUCUUUCCACACCUGAUCUACGCGAUGCUGAUCUAGCAUUGUGUCGAAUUGCCCAACGUGAGAUGUUCUCCAAGGAGCUGUCCAAGAUAUCCCAACGUAAUCUCCUUCCAGCAUCGUUGAAGUGGCUGAAACCGGUGAUGUAUAAAGACGGCGUUAUUCGAGUCGGUGGGAGACUCAAGCACGCCGCAGUUUCGGAAGAAGUGAAGCACCCGAUAAUGAUGCUUGCGAAGCACCCGCUAUCCGUGUUGUUAUCAGAGCACUACCACUACAAUCUGCUGCACGCAGGACCACAGCUGACGUUAACCACGAUGCGCCAGAAAUUCUGGAUGAAUUUAACUCAAACAAAGGUGGAAGUACAUUGUGUCAAAUAUUUUGAUGAAAAUUUGAUGAAUUCUCAGCUAGUUGCUGUAGUGGUAUCGUAA